AGGAAGCUGCGAAGGUUGGAUAAAAAAAAACGUGACUUUUUGCCUGUAAUUGUCUCUUUGGGAGGUCCGCGUAUAUCCAUGCCGACGUGAUGGUUUCCGCGCCAGCUGUAAUUCCCUUAGGGGAGAACAACGAUGUUUUCUGCCGAAAAGUGGCGUAUUUUCAGGCUGGAUGUCCCGCGAGCUUUAAUCCGUCAUGUGAGGGUAUUCGCAUCUCAGACGCCAACAUGAACCUUCUCAGUCUCUGCCCUCCGCAAAGCAACUUAGAUGCUACCUCCGUUUGUCAGAAGGAGAAUCUGGAUCGUGGAGUGCUCGACUUUUUGGACUUCGCGGAAAAUGAAGAACCUCCCCCUCCUGGUGUUACGACACCACCGUCGUCUCCGCGAGUUGGAAGGUCUGAAUGUAUGCCGCAAGAGUUGAUAGAUAUGAUGCAACCGGAUUACUGUUACCUUUGUUCUGUGAGAAUCCUGAACAGAACUCAAGAGGAGCUGCACAAAAUGAAUGCUUCUCAUGCCAGAAAAGUGCGGAAGUUCAUGAUGAUCUAUUGUCGCAAGAAUAGAUUACAGCUACCAGAUGAAUUUCGGCGGAAUGCGUUUCUCAAACCACCCAAAGCUGACUGGCAGGCGAGCUGCAAGAUCUGCGAGUUGAAAUUUGCAAGCAAAUCUCAAGUUGACCAUGACCAGCACUUUUCCGGGAUUUGCCAUGCUCGCAGUCUUGAUGGAAAACCAUCGCUCAAAGCAGGCUACUACAAUAAAUUUAGUGGAAAGUGGCAAAAGAAGCUUCCAAAUUGUUACGACAUGCAAAAGAAGAAAUGGUGGAAACCUGUACCUCGUUACUGUGCUGAGAUAAUUGAAAUCGGUGCAUCGGGUUCGCGAUAUGCGUUGAAGUGAACGGCUACAGCGUGAAUAAAAUGGUCAGUUUGGUUUUGAUGAAUCAGGGAACAUGACGUCAGCCUACAUGAUUUAGUACCUGAAAAUUUCGAGCAAAUCUCAAAUGUGGUUGAAUGGUUUCAUCUUGAUCCUGUAUGAUUUUUACGGAGCUCAGAAGUACGUUUUGUGGAUUAGAAGCUGCGCGUCACGAGAGGAUGCCGAUGAAUCAUGUUAAAGUUCAGCGUGAGUCCUGCAUUACUGCUGGAAAUGAGCUAUUCGACUGCCUGGAAAAUUUGGAAUGUUCGCCCUUCAGAUGCAACUAAAGAAUUCCUUAUGGACCUGUCAAUUUCAGCGCAU